GGGGCGCCCAUAAGAGCCGGGACCGGAGCCGCUGCCGCCGCCUGCACCCCCCCGGUACCGACCUGACCCGAGCUGCUCAAGCCUCCACGAUGCCCUUCAGCAACACCCACAACAAGUACAAGCUCAAGUUCUCGGCCGAGGAGGAGUUCCCGGAUCUGUCCAAGCACAACAACCACAUGGCCAAGGUGCUGACCCCGGCUCUGUACCAGCGGCUGCGGGACAAGGAGACCCCGAGCGGCUUCACCCUGGACGAUGUCAUCCAGACCGGCGUGGACAACCCGGGCCACCCGUUCAUCAUGACCGUUGGCUGCGUGGCCGGGGACGAGGAAUCGUACGAGGUGUUCAAGGAGCUCUUUGACCCGGUGAUCCAGGACCGGCACGGGGGAUACAAACCCACCGACAAGCACCGAACCGACCUCAACCACGAGAACCUCAAGGGAGGGGAGGACCUGGACCCCAAGUACGUGCUGAGCAGCCGGGUCCGGACCGGCCGCAGCAUCCGGGGGUACUCGCUGCCCCCCCACUGCAGCCGCGGCGAGCGCCGAGCCAUCGAGAAGCUGUCGGUCAACGCUCUCAACAGCCUGGAAGGGGAGUUCCGGGGUCGGUACUAUCCCCUCCGCGCCAUGACGGAGCAGGAGCAGCAGCAGCUCAUUGAUGACCAUUUCCUGUUCGAUAAACCUGUGUCCCCUCUGCUGCUGGCGUCCGGCAUGGCCAGAGACUGGCCUGAUGCCAGGGGCAUCUGGCACAAUGACAACAAGACCUUCCUGGUGUGGGUGAAUGAGGAGGAUCAUCUGCGGGUCAUCUCCAUGGAGAAGGGGGGGAACAUGAAGGAGGUGUUCAGGCGCUUCUGCGUCGGCCUCAAGAAGAUCGAGGAGAUCUUCAAGGCCGCAGGACACCCGUUCAUGUGGAACGAGCACCUGGGUUACAUCCUGACCUGCCCGUCCAACCUGGGCACGGGGCUGCGGGGGGGGGUCCACGUGCGCCUGCCCAACCUCAGCCAGCACCCCAAGUUCGAGGAGAUCCUCACCCGCCUGCGCCUGCAGAAGAGAGGGACAGGCGGGGUGGACACCGCGGCCGUGGGCUCCGUGUUCGACAUCUCCAACGCCGACCGCUUGGGGUUCUCGGAGGUGGAGCAGGUGCAGAUGGUGGUGGAUGGAGUCAAGCUCAUGGUGGAGAUGGAGAAGAAGCUGGAGCAGAAGCAAUCCAUUGACUCCAUGAUCCCUGCCCAGAAGUGAGGGCUCCAGCGCCCGUGGGCUCCGGCAGCACCUAUGGGGCUCCAGCACCACCUAUGGGUGUCCCA